AUGCCAAUAAUAAUUGUAUAUGUUUUACAUCAUUCUAAAAUAGUAUUUGAAUGGGAAGAACUUUCUGUUAAUAAGAAUAUAAAUAUAAACAAUUUUUUCAAUAAUGUGAUAGUUAAUGAAUUAAAGACAGUAUUAUGGAAAAAGAAUUGUAUUGCACAUUUUAGUUAUACAAAAACAAGUGAAAUGGAAAAAUUAGGAUUGAAAUAUAAUAUAUGGGAAACUGUUAAGCAGUGCAGAAAAUAUGUAACAUUUAAAUUAAUUGAUAAUCUUAAUAAUAAAUUAGCUAUAAAUACAAUCAAUGCAUUUGAAUUAAUGAAAUCUACAUUGAUGCUUAAUUAUCUUCCAGAAUUUACAUUAAUAGCAAAAAAUUCUAUGGAUCAAUUACGUAUAGAUUUAAAUGAAUUGAUAAGAAGUAACAGAAGUGUUAAUGAAGAAAAAGCAGAAUAUAUAGAAAUUUUGAAUGAGAAUACAUUACAGAAACCUGAAAUUAUAAAGGAAUUUCGCAUUCUUAUAAAAGCUUUAGAAAAAUUAGAAUAUUAG